CGGGAUUGGGCAGCGGGCAGAUAGCGUAACACCCCCCUCCUCCUCCUCCUGCGUGUGGAGAAUUGCGUUAAAGCAGAAAAGGAAAGGCCUGCGCUUUACCCACUAUCACAGGAUUAUUUUUUUAUUUCCCUCCUUUUCUUUCCCCCCCCAGAUUAAAAAACGAGGAGACGUCGCUGGCUGGUGUAUGUGUUUAGAAUGGGACACGCUGAAGGUCCAGUCAAAGAAAAAGACAGUUAAGGAUGCAGGAGCCCAACAAUGGAUUUCUCCUUCUCUUUCAUGCAAGGGAUCAUGGGAAAUACAAUUCAGCAACCCCCUCAGCUCAUUGACUCAGCCAACAUCAGACAGGAAGGCACCUGCGACACCGGCAGUGACCCGGGCGAGGAUGGUGGUCCCUCCUAUGAUGCUGCCCUGGAUGCAGAGUUCUCCUACCCGCCGUCAGCCUCGGAGGACAUGCAGCAGGUCUCUAAUGGCUUCCCGCCUGGCCUGGGCAUAUACGAGCCGCAGGCCAAGUUUUCCAUGUACUCGCAGUUCCCCAACGGCUCGGCGAAUGGCUACGGGGCCAUACGGAGCUAUGGAGACCAUGGUCUCCUGCCCGGGGAGGGGACUGUCCUGAGAGGCCCAGGUCUCCAGGAGAGGCCUUUGUCUCCUGUGUCUCCGCCGCUGCCCACACAUCACCCGCACCUCCACCACCACCAUCAUCUCCCCCAUCAUCACCACCACGCACACCACUUCCACUCAAACCCACCUCAUAUACAAACACUCCCGCACCCACAGAGUCCCCCGCCACCGCCACUGCCCUUACAGCACCACCUGUCCCAGACGCCUCACAUCAUGACCCACACUCUCCCCUCCCCUCCAUUACACCUGCCUUCCUCCAGUCCUCCCCCCUCACUUGUGGACAGUACCCCCUCAUCUCAGCCCACCCACACCCCGUCCAACACCCCUGGUGGGGUGCUGAAGAAAACCAGCUCUCCAGAGAUCAAGCUAAAGAUCAUAAAGACGUAUCAGAACGGAAAAGAGCUGUUCGAAUCUGCGCUGUGUGGAGACCUACUGCAAGAGCUGCAGAGCGAGUCUCAGAGGAACGAUUCUACUCCGAUGCAGCGCAGACAUGAGAGGAAGAAGGAGAAGCGGAAAAAGAGUGCAAGGCUGCAGCUGCAGGUCCAGGAACAGAGCCUGGACGAGAGCCCAACACAGGCAGGUACCACGGACCAGACAGAGGACACCCACGUCCAAUCCCCGCCGAGAGAAACACCCCCAGCCCAGACAAAGAAGCCUCAGAAGACGGUUAUCAAAACUGAACCAAAGACUCCAAAGGUUCCGAAGGUCCAUCAUCCAUCAGUAAUCCAAGAGACGGGCUUCUGUAAGGAGUUUUUGAUAGGAGAUCUGGUGUGGUCCAAAGUGGGCACCUACCCCUGGUGGCCCUGCAUGAUCUCAUCUGACCCACAGAUGAAGGUCCACACUCGCAUCAACACCAGGGGUCACAGGGAGUAUCACGUCCAAUUCUUUGGCAGUGUCGCUGAGCGAGCGUGGAUCCAUGAGAAGAGGAUCGUCAUGUACCAAGGGAAGCAACAAUUUGAGGAACUUCAGGCCGAUACUCUGCGCAAGACCACGAACCUUGUAGAGAAAAGUAAACUUCUGAAGCCUAUCCCUCAGCGGGAGCGUUCUCAGUGGGAGGUAGGUGUGGGCCACGCCGAGGAUGCCUUCCUGAUGACGCGGCAGGCGCGAAUUGACAACUACACCUUCAUCUAUGUUGACCCCGAUCCCAGUGAAGGCCCGUCAAGCAGAAAACCCACUGUCAGGGCAGAGAAACGAAAUCGGCGCUCGAGCGGGUCAAUCAGUAAGAAGGAAGGAGGAGGAGUGAAGUCACCAGACAGAGAGCAGCCACCGAGAAGGCAGCUGCCGCGCAGACAGUGUAGUGUUUCAAACACAGAUGACAACACAAACUCCCAGGCCUCAAAUGAAGAGAAGAACCAGAGGGGGGACCAGCGUAAGACCAGCUCCCCGAAACAGAACGCUGAUUGUGAUGCACAAACACGGCAGGACUCUCCACCACCAGUUCGGGCCUGGAAAACAGCAGCGGCCAGAAAGCUGCUGCCUCUUUCCAUCACCAUGAAGAGGCUGAAUGUGGAGAUCACAAAGUGUGACUGGCCUCUCUUGCAGAAAAAAGCAGUUCCAUCCCCAAAAAGAGACAACGAAGAGGAGAAGGAGGAGAGAGUGGAGAGGGAGGCCAGGCAGCCUGACCUGGGAUACUGCUCUCCUGAGGACAGCAGAGCUAAACCUGAGCCGAGUCCAGAGGAAGAGGAAGACGGAGACGAAGGGGAGGAAGAGGGAGAAGGAGAAGAGGAGAGGAGAGGCUCCCCCGCCAGUCGGAGGAGUGAGGAGGGAGGAAUGCAGCAGACCUCCUCUCCUGGGUCCCACCACAGUAGUCCACAUGGUUCUCAGGAGAGAAAGCUGCAGCGACGGUCCGUCAGGAGCAGGUCUGAGUCCGAGAGAGGCAGUGAUCCCGUUCCCAAGAAGAAGACCAAAAAGGAACAGGCGGAGAUGGCUCCUGAAACCACACUUAGGACAGGUUCACAGAAAGGAGCCAGUGAGAUCUCAGAUGCCUGCAAGCCCCUCAAGAAGCGAAGCAGAGCGUCAACAGAUGUGGAGAUGGCUUCAUCUCAGUACAGAGACACCUCUGAUUCCGACUCCAGAGGUCUCAAUGAUCCACAGGGUUUAUUCGGGAAGAGCCUCGAUAGUCCGGCAGCAGCAGAUGCAGACGCCUCAGAUACUCAGUCUGUAGACUCCGGGUUAUCUCGUCAGGACAGCAGCACCGGCAAGAGAGACACUGUCUGCCAGAUCUGUGAGGUGUAUGGAGAAGGUUUGGUGGUGUGUGAAGGUGACUGCAACAGACAGUUUCACCUGGAGUGUCUCGGGCUGACGUCCCUUCAUGAAGGCAGAUUCACGUGUUUGGAAUGUAGGAAUGGCAAUCAUCCGUGUUUCAGCUGUAAAACAGCAGGCCAGGAGGUGACGCGGUGCUCUGUGUUGGGAUGCGGUUGUUACUACCACGAGGAUUGUGUCCGUAAACUCCCGGGCACCACCAGCAGUCCGGGUGGAGGCUUCUGCUGCCCACAGCAUAGUUGCUCUACCUGCUGCCUGGAGAGAGACGUGCAAAGAGCUAGUAAAGGUCGUCUGAUGCGUUGCAUACGCUGUCCGUCGGCCUAUCACACGGGAGACAGCUGCGUGGCAGCGGGUAGCGUCGCCCUCACCCAUCACAUCAUGAUCUGCAGCAGCCAUGGCAGCGCCAAGAGGAACGGCCUCCUCACCUCACCUGUCAACGUGGGCUGGUGCUUCCUGUGUGCCCGAGGGCUGUUAGUGCAAGACCUUACUGACACCAUAUUAAGUUCAUAUGCCUAUAAGUCCCACUACCUUCUGACUGAGUCAAAUCGUGCUGAGUUGAAAUUACCUAUGAUUCCCUCUCCUUCGUCAGCUACCAAAAAGAAUGUUGGGAAAGGAGGCAAGUUGCUGUGCUGCGACUCUUGCCCAGCUUCCUUCCACCCGGAGUGUUUGGAGAUCGAGAUGCCGGAGGGAGCGUGGUCCUGCAGUGAUUGCAGGGCAGGGAAGAAACCUCACUACAAACAAAUUGUCUGGGUUAAGCUCGGCAACUACAGGUGGUGGCCUGCAGAAAUCUGCAACCCUCGCUUGGUGCCAUCAAACAUUCAGAGCCUGCGCCACGAUAUUGGUGACUUCCCCGUCUUCUUCUUUGGCUCCCACGACUACUACUGGAUCAACCAGGGCCGCGUCUUCCCCUACGUGGAGAAUGACAAGAACUUUGUCUCUGGUCAGAUCAACAUCAACAAAACCUUCAAGAAAGCUCUGGAAGAAGCAGCUCGGCGGUUUCAGGAGCUCAAGGCACAGAGGGAGAGCAGGGAGGCUUUAGAGCAAGAACGCAACUCUCGCAAACCUCCACCAUACAAAUGUAUCAAGUCCAACAAACCCGUGGGGAAAGUGCAGAUGCACGUAGCUGACCUGUCAGAAAUCCCGCGAUGCAACUGUAGACCAACAGAUGAGCAUCCUUGCAGUCUUGAUUCCCAGUGUCUCAACCGCAUGCUGCAGUACGAGUGUCACCCACAGGUGUGUCCUGCAGGAGACAACUGUGAGAACCAGUGUUUCACGAAGCGACUGUAUGCAGAGACAGAAGUGAUAAAGACGGACGGCCGUGGCUGGGGCCUCAGGGCAAACCAGGCUCUCAGAAAGGGUGACUUAGUGACCGAGUACGUGGGGGAGGUGAUAGACUCAGAGGAGUGCCAGCAGCGAAUCAAACGUGCUCAUGAAAAUCACGUGAGCAACUUCUACAUGCUCACCCUCACCAAGGAUCGUGUGAUCGACGCCGGCCCAAAGGGGAACUCGUCUCGGUUUAUGAACCACAGCUGCAGCCCGAACUGUGAAACCCAGAAGUGGACGGUGAGUGGGGACGUUCGCAUCGGACUCUUCACGCUUUGUGAUGUAGAUGCUGGCACAGAGCUGACGUUCAACUACAACCUGCACUGUGUGGGCAACAGGAGAACAUCCUGUCACUGUGGAUCAGACAACUGCUCUGGAUUCUUGGGGGUGCAGCCGACGAGUGCCGUGGUGAUGGAAAAAGAGGAGAAGGCCAGGAACGCCAAGUUGAAGCCGAAGAAGCGGAAGCUGCGGCCGGAGGGGAAACACACACACGAGUACUUCUGUUUUUGUUGUGGAGAAGGAGGAGAGCUGGUGAUGUGUGACAGAAAGGACUGUCCGAAAUCGUACCACCUGCUGUGUCUCAACCUCACCAAGCCGCCAUACGGACGCUGGGAAUGUCCUUGGCAUGACUGCAGUGUUUGUGGCUCGUCAGCCUCGUCUCUCUGUGAUUUCUGCCCUCGCUCAUUCUGCCGGGACCACGAGGCAGGGGCGUUCACCGCCUCUUCCCUGGAAGGCCGCCCCUGUUGCUCCAGUCACAACCCCCUCAGUCCCUUGGGCUCCAACUCCAACUCGACCCAGCAGCGCCACUCUGCUUUGAGCCCCGUCAGGGUCAAAGAGGAACCAGAGCCAGAGACGGGCCAACAGUCCGCAGAGUGACGCCGCAACUCCUUCAAUACCUCAUUCCCUGUAAACGUGCACUCUUGUUGGCCUCCUGCGCUCCGGUCCACCGAAGCCACGCACUCCAAAAGGGAAUACAGUGCUUUUUGACCAGUGUGAUGGCUGCUGUUCAGCGUCGAGACACACCGACGAACACUGUAGAGUGACUGGAGUGUCGGCAUAGGAAGCGACCAGGAAUCAUUGUGCGCCAUUUUCCCUUCUCUCUUGCCAUAAAGCACCACCGAUAACACUCUUCCCAGCACGCUUGCGUCCAUCGGAGGGCCCAGACCACCACCUCGUUGCGUUUCCUUUUUUUUUAAUUUUUUUUUUACAGCUGUGGAAUUUGUAAGUGUUGUCACGGCCGUCAGUUUCCGGCACUUUGAAGAACUCAUCGAGUGAGGUGGAGGGAGGUGUGAGGCGGAACCUCCCCACCACCACGCUGCUCAUCUCCUCGUUUACCUGCUGUACGCUGUGGUCGGCAUCUCCAAAACAAGAUGGCUUCACGGAAACGAGCCGGCCUUUUGUCCAUCUCUCCCUGACGUGAUCUGUCAUCGUAUUUUAUCUCUUCUUCUUCUUCUGGCAGAAAAGGAGUGGGGGUGAGGGUGGGGGGAGGGAGGGAAUGAUCGAUUUUGUGCAAUUUUUUCAGGACCACACUACAUUCCAACCUUCCUUAAACACGGUUUUAGUAUACUUAUGGGUAUAGAUGAAUAUAAUUAUAUACAGUAUCUAUGUUUGUUAAUGUUUACAGGCAGAUUCUCUCACUUCAUCUCAGUGAGUGGUGUAUUAUGUUUGUUUGUUUAGGUGUUAAGCAUUACGCAGACCUCUUUGUGAAAAUAGUCCUAUUAAGGUGAAAUAUAAUGGUAUAUAGUGUAAUGGUAUGACAUUACAGAAGUACUUGUGAUUUUCAUAUUGCCAGUCUCACUCGCCAUUGUGUACAUACUUGGCUCAUAAUAUUGUAAAGUACUUAAAGAUCAGGAGGGACGGAGCCUUGCCUCUUUGGUUGUUCCUGGAAGAAGGAAAAAACGCUUUUUUAAACAACAAGACAGAUCCUUUUUAUUUUCCUUUUUGGAUAAACGUUCCGUUCUCACAUUUCCUCCGAGCAGUUACUGUUAUUUGUAUUGUAGAUGGAGGAGCCCAGCUUGUGAUCACUGGUGCUGUCUUAAAGUAUUGUUAACCAGCCUUAAGUUUGAUUCUGGCUGUAGCAACUACUGCCCAGAUGGAGUCCAUUUCAGUAACGCUGUGUACUGUGACCGCUUUAAUGCUCGUUUUCCUUUUUCUUUCCUUUGUAUUUUUGUUUUCUUCCGUUGGUUGUUUUGCCAAACUUUUCUGAAAAGCACUUUCACACGGCUUGUCGCUACACAAUUUAGCUAGGUCAUAUACAGAAAUGUAUAUUUAAAGAACAUAGGACAAGUGUUUCAAAAUGGAUACCUCUUCUUCUUGUAGUAACGUCGGGAUUUAAACUGUGUUUUUUGCUCUCUGUCAGAGACGUGGUGAGUGCUGGGCGUAGAUUUUUCUUUUUCGUUUUGAGGAAAGUGGCCUAAAAGCUGGGUUUUUUUUGUUGUUUUUUGGGCGGCACAAGUAGAAAUGACUGCCAGUCUGGCUUCAAACGAAAAAGUCCUCAGUGUCCUCGGGAGACGCUUCUUUCCACCUGGAGAUUCUCCUCAAGGCUGGGCUUUAUAUAAAGACAUGUCAGUAUAGCAACAGUCCAGUAUGAUGAUGUACAAAAUACAAACUCCUGUACAGUGUUUUUAAUCACUCAUCUGUCAAAUCCAAUUCUUUUGUAUUUAUUGCACCACAUUUUAUACCAGUUUCUUUUUCAAACACCAGUACAGUAACCUGUCUCCUCUCCACCACGGUGUAAGUGAAAUAGACUAUUUAAAAAAACAUGGGGAGUUUUACAUAUUAUAUCUGUAUCCAGUCAUUGCACAUGUUAGGUUUAUUUUUUUUGAAACUUUGGUGUAAUGAUUCCACAUUUGGUAACAGCUGCUGCUCAUCGACCUGUAUCGUGGCUCACUGUAAUCGUGAAGCAGUUCAAUAUUGGAAUGUGAAGUUUUCAGAGCAGGUUUUCUGUACAGUUUUAGCCUGGACUCAAGUGAUCAUCACAGGAGGAAGUGUUCCUGUCAUCAUGCCUCAGCCUUUUGCUUGUGAUUCCUCCUCGGUUACACAACUGCUUUUGUGUUUCUUCUCCUUCCCUGAAGUCUUUUUUUUUUUUCUUCUCAAGCCUCCCGCAGUGGUGGGUGUUUAAAGCCGAAGCCACAGGGUGAAACGGUGCCAAUGUUUCCAAACCAUUUCAGUUCAUUCACGGUCUCUUAGAAUGCAUGAAGUAGAUUCACUUUGUUGUCAGUUUAUUAGGCACAGAACUAAUGCAGUUUAUCACAGCAGUCCUGCAUUGAAUCCUUCCUUUUAAUAAGGUUAAUGUUCAGUUCUUGUUUGUAGGUAUUAGGUUGUUUGUGAAUGCAUUGUGUUAUAAUGACAGGUGUGUCUUUAACAGAGACACAGUUCAGCUACAAAACAAACAACGAAACAUUUGCUGCAGGAGUGUUUUAUUAGACUGCAUCAGUUUCAGCUCAGUUUUCUUAAUACAUUUAAUCAUGAAGCCAAAAGCCUUUCAAUUUAAAAAAAGAGGUGGAGCCAGUGAGAGCAGAACAUAAAAAAGCUGAAUUAAUCAGAACUUUUCAAUUAAAGUAAUAAUAAUAAAAAACAAUUAAAAUUACAUUUACUCCUUUACUCUCAUUGGAAAAUCCAGUCCACUCUUCAGUGUAUGUGCAUCGGUGGUUUCUUGUUACCCCAUCGCAAUUAUGUAAAGUGUUUAUUUGACAUCAAAACUAGUUCAUGUGUUGAAUUUAUCCAUCAGCAAAUUAAUUUAAAAACAUCCUGUAGUGUCCAAACUCUGCUCGUGUAUUGUUUCUGCACAGUGAAUGUCAAGCACUGAAGUCACAUUACAAUUAGCCAAACGGGUUUUUGAGAUAACAGAGAUUUCAUUAUGCCAAAUAUAUGCACAAAGACGGACCUUUAUUUGGAGAAAGAAUACAAGAAAAUUACUUUUUCCUGUGUCUUUCAUGCAUGUCUGUAUUUGUGCACAAAUUUAGCACAUUGUAUUUUCUGCGGCUUCUCUCCUUGUUUCUCUCUGUGAUCAUGAUUUGCUGAUUUCCUUGUGCAGCUAAGCCCAAUUUUCCAAAUCUUGCCAAACUUUUUUAUUAAUGAUUCAUUAUUCUUUACCAGAUAGGUGCAUAAUUUAGAGGUCUUUCACUUGCAUACUCGAAACUUGAAUUUUCUAUAUAUUUUUCUUUUAAUUUAUUGAUGUAUUAUUAUUUUUUAACACAGGAUUCAUAUACAGUCUGUGAUUAUCAGGGCGCAGGCAUCUUUGACAUGUUUGUGGCUUCAGAGGAAAAAGUCUGACUAAAUGAGUUGUCAUGACGAAAAACUGGUCUUAAAGUCUUUUUCAGCCCUUUUCUUUGUUCCUGCUUCCAACACCACACACUGGUUUAAUCCACUUCUCUCAUCAUUUGGAGAUUCUUUCAAUGCCUAGUUCUAGUGCUGAUGUUUGUUUAUGUCCUUUACUCGUUUUUUGUUUUCCAGUAUUGCACAGAGAUUCUGUAAAACCGAAUAGCCCUUACUUUUUAUUAUGUCUUUUUUUUGUUUGCACCUGCAGGUCGCAUGAUGAUCUUAGUUUGUGCCAGUUCGUCCUCUUCUGCCCCUCUCAGCUGAAACAGCAGCAGUAUUACAGAAGGCCUAAUUUAAGUGUCCCCAGCGUUUCAUUCACUUAAAAUACUAUCUGAUGUAUGUGUUUUGUUGGUUUACUCUCAGUAUCGUGCCCACAUUUUGAUUUUGAGAAGACAGCAUGCUUGUUCUCAUUUAAGUGACCCUUACAUUCGUCUGGGGAGUGUCCAGGAGUUUGCUAAUUAUAAUUUUUUUAAAUCUAAAACUAAAUUUAGUAUGUCAAAGGGUAUGUUUAUGUUGACUGUGACGUCUUUUUAGUUUUCGUGCAAUGUCGCCAACAGUCGAUGAGUUUCUAAUUGACAUGCUGUCAGAGGAGAACUAGUGUUGGAAUAAAUAAAUGAAUUCACCUUCAUUAGCACUCAUCUCUUUUUUCUCGUAGUAAAAUUGCUUACGGUAACUCUAACUGGGGUCAUAUCUAUCUCGUGGUGUUGCUUCAAGUAAAACGUGGAUGAACACAAAAUUACCAUGUUUAUUACUGUUCGACCUGUGUUACUGCAUUACUGCAUAUUGUCGAGGAACCUGUAAAUAGUUUGCAUUGAACUUGCAUAGAAUCAUGUUACUGUGGCGUGCUCUUUUUGCUUGUACAAUUCUGCUUCUAAAUGUGUGUGUGACUGUUGAGACGACACUCUUUUUGUACAUGACUGUCUUUUUAUUUGAGAAUAUUGAUUCUGUCCUUUUUCAUUUUAAAGUUGAGUUUGAAGAGUUCAGACAUGCCUGAAGUUUGACUUUAAUAAAGCUGUACUCGGUCUCAGUGAAA